ACAAAUUAAAAAUAAAAAACAAAAAAAUAUCAAUUGUGAUUCUCCUACAAAUAUUGUUGGAACAUCUACUUCUGAUUAUCUUACAAUGAAACCUGUACAUAGAGCUAAACCUUUUAAAUUAGGAAAUGAAAUAGAAAAAGAAUCUCUUCCUCCUCCUCCUCCACCUCCACCCCCACCUCAACAUAGAACGGCAACUAAAUUAUAUGAUUGUCCAAUUGAGACAAAUAUAGAUUCUGAUGAAAAUGAAGAAAUUGAAGAAAAAUAA